AUGGAUCUUUACCGCCAAAUUUCGGCGCUGCGCAACAAGACGCUCAAAAUCAUCAUCCAGCGGCACUUUGUCUCGACGCUCUACUCGGCGCUCAUCCUGCCCGUCAUCGCCUCGCUCUACCUCGGCCUCGGCCAAAAGUUCAACAACGCCGACGACAAGUACGGCAUCGGCACGCCGCAGGACAUCGAUUCGCUCGCCGAUGCCCUGGGCCACGCCACCGGCGGCCGCAGCACCGUCGUCCUCGUCAAUUCGGGCCACACCGGCGGUGCCAUUGACACGGUCCUUGACGCCGUCGCCGACGCUGUAACGUCUGCCGGCAAAAAUGCCACCCGCCUGAGCCAGGAGUCUGACAUUGGCUACGUCUGCAAGGGCUCGAUCCAGGCGACGACGCGGUGCUUUGGCGCCGUCGUGAUUCACUCCUCGCCCGACGAGGGCGAUGGCGGCUACUGGAACUACACGCUGCGCGGCGACGGCGCGCUCGGCCGCUCGUUUCGCGUGGACAAGAGCAACAAUGCGGCGGAAGUCUAUGCACUGCCGCUGCAGCGGGCGGUCGAUGCCGCGAUUGCCAAGCACGAGUCGACAGGCUCGUUCCCGACCGAGACGCAGCAGUAUGCAUACUCAGCCCUCACCGAGGACGAGCGCCAGGCCAAGGUGCGCCGCGAGUAUCAAAAGACAUUUAUCAACUUUCUCAGCGUCGCCUUCAUCAUGGCACUGAUUGGCGUCUGCUACCACAUGCCGGGCUUCAUUGCGACGGAGCGUGAGAUUGGUAUGUCGCAGCUGAUUGACGCCAUGAUGCCCGUCCAGGCCAAGUGGCACUGCCAGCUUGCCCGCCUCCUAUCUCACCACAAUGCCUUCAUCAUCACGUAUCUGCCCGGCUGGAUCAUUGCCGCCGUGGUGAACCGCAUUCUCAUCUGGACCAAUGUCAGCUACGGCAUCGUCAUCCCCUUCUUCAUCCUCGCGGGCGUGGCCAUGACGUCCAUGUCGCUGCUCGGCGCAUGCUUCUUCAAAAAGGCGCAGCUGUCUGGCAUCAUCACCGCGCUCGUUUGGCUCGUCCUUGGCAUUGUCGCCCAGGCCAUUCCUCAUCCCGGCACCGGCACCGUGGCCGUCCUCAGCCUCCUAUUUACGCCCUGCAACUUUGUCUACUUCAUCACCUACAUUGCGCGCUACGAGCAGGAGGCCCUCCCCACCAACCUGCUGCACGCCCACCCAAACAGCCCCUGGAAGCUGCCCGGUAUUGUCAUGUGGGUGUUUUUCGCCAUUCAGAUCCUGGCCUACCCUCUGCUCGCCGCGCUCCUCGAGCGCUCACUGCACGGUGUCACCACCGGCACGCGCCAAAACGCGGCGCCGGCCGCCAACGGCUCCGCGCUGCCCGAUGCCGUCCAUAUCAAGAACAUGACCAAGAUCUACAAGCCGACUUUUCUGCGCCGAUUAUUUUCCUUUGUGUCGCCGCCGAGACCGGAGGUGGUCGCCGUGGAUUCAUUAACGCUCACCGCGAAAAAGGGCCAGAUCCUGGCGCUGCUCGGUGCAAAUGGCAGUGGUAAGAGCACGACCCUCGACGCUAUCGCCGGCAUCAGCAACUUUACGAGCGGCGAUAUUGCGAUUGAUACGACCGGUGGUCUGGGCAUUGCGCCGCAAAAGAAUGUUCUUUGGGGGGAGCUUACUGUCGAGGAGCAUCUCCAUGUCUUUGCCAGUCUCAAGACGCCAUCCAACCCAGCGACACAAGAACAGAUUGACAACCUCAUCCAUGCUAUUGGUCUCAAGAAAAAGACCAAGGAGAUGGCCAAGACGCUCUCUGGCGGACAGAAGCGCAAAUUGCAGCUUGGUCUGAUGCUGAUUGGCGACAGCGCCGUUUGCUGCGUCGAUGAAGUCUCGUCUGGUAUUGAUCCGCUGUCGCGCCGCAAGAUUUGGGAUAUCCUCCUUCGCGAGCGUGGUAGCCGCACAAUCAUCAUGACGACGCACUUUCUCGACGAGGCCGACCUUCUUGCUGACAACAUUGCGAUUCUGUCUAAGGGCAGGCUCCGCGCCGAAGGCUCCUCGGUCCAGCUCAAGGAUACCUUUGGCUCUGGAUACCGCGUGCAUGUUCUCAAUGCCCGGCACAUGAUGAGCCGCGCUCCGGAAGUCGAAGGCGUAGACCGCUACAUUUCCUCCAACACAAUAACCUAUGUCGCGAGCUCCGCAACCCAUGCCGCCUCCGUCAUCCGCCUGCUCGAAUCCCGCAAUGUGCCGUACAAGUUCUCCGGCCCGACAAUUGAAGACGUGUUUUUAAACUUGGCCGAAGAGAUCAAUGACCAUGGCAUGAGAGACCAAGCUAUCUCGCGUGAGGGUGCUCUGGAGAACAAGAUCAGUCCCAGUGAGAGUCCCGCGAUAGAAAAGCCAUCGGCUGGUGAAGCGCUUCCCCUCUUGCACGGUCGCCAGCUAGGUCUCUUUCGCCAAAUCAUUGUUCUUUUGCAAAAACGAUUUGUCAUCUUCAAGACGAACUGGGUGCCCUAUCUGGCAGCUUUUCUGAUUCCCAUUAUAGCAGCGGCGAUCAUCCAGCUACUCAUUAAGAACCUAUCAGCUCCUGGCUGUUCUCCCAGAGAUCGCAGUAGCGACAACAAGAACACGCAGUUCACUGACCUUCUUGGCUCUCCAUUUAUCGUGGGCGGCCCAUCCUCGACAUUUAGUGCUUCCGCCGUUGCAGAACUCUUCAAGCCGCUCGUUCCAAGUCUUGCCGACAGCGCCAGCAGCCACAUCAAAGUGGUCGACUCGUUUGACUCUUUCAAGACAUACAUCGAGGACAACAGAAAAAAUGUCACCCCUGCAGGUAUCUGGCUUGGACAGUCAGGCUCUGCAGCUACACUAGCCUACAAGAUGGACGAGGCAGCGUCCAUGUUCACAUCAACACUGGGCCAGAGCCUUCUUGAUAGUCUGCUCUUGAACAAGACAAUCGCGACCCAAUAUAAGCCCUUUGACGUUGCUGCUGCGCCGUCUACCGGUAGCGGCCUGCAAGUCAUCGUCUACUUUGCACUCGCAUGCUCUGUUAUUCCGGGUCUGUUUGGUCUUUACCCAAAUUCCGAGAAGCGCAACGGUGUGCGUGCGCUCCAGUACUCGAGCGGUGCUCGCGCAUUCCCCGUCUGGGCAGCCCACGCUAUCUUUGACUGGUCCAUCAUGGUCGUUUCCAUGUUGAUUGCGGCGGGCAUCCUUGCGGGCACGUCUAGCAUUUGGUACAACGUCGGUUUCUUGUUUCCGAUUUUCGUCUUUUACGUGCUGGCAGCCAUCUUGAUUUCGUACUUUGUGUCGCUCAUCAUGAAGAGUGCUUUGGCCACUUAUGCAAUCGCCUCGGUGAUUCAAGGCUUGGGUUUUGCAAUCUAUCUGAUUGCUUAUUUCUUCAUCUUGCUCUAUUCGGACCCGGCGGAGACGGAGAAGAGCGUCUUGAUCGGUCAUUGGGUUAUUGCCAUUAUUUUCCCCACGGGCUCGCUGGUGCGCGCACUCAUGGUCGCUCUCAACGUCUUUUCCACCACGUGUGACGGUUUUGCGCUGCAGAGCAACCCUGGCGCUAUGAAGGCUUACGGAGGCCCGCUUGUAUAUCUUAUCGUGCAGUGCAUCUUUUGGUUCAGUAUGGUCGUUUACUUUGAGAGCUCCGAUGGCAAAUACAAGACUGGCAAGCCACAGUACAGUGAGGAUACCGAGGAUCCGGAGGUGGCCGCAGAGGAGGUCCGUGUGGAUGGACCGGGUGAGGAAACCGAUGGCCUUCGCGUGGUACACCUGACCAAGGCGUUUGGAAAGACGACUGCUGUUGAUAAUGUCACAUUUGGUGUCGGUCACGGCGAAGUGUUUGCACUGCUUGGUCCUAACGGAGCAGGAAAGUCAACAACAAUAUCCAUCAUUCGUGGCGAUAUCGCCCCGAGCCGGAUGGGUGGCGAUGUCUUUGUGGAGAAUGCAUCCAUCACAAAGAAUCGACCUGCGGCGCGCGCCAAUCUUGGAGUCUGCCCGCAGUUCGACGCUAUCGACUCCAUGACUGUAGCCGAGCACUUGCAGCACUAUGCCCGCAUCAGAGGCAUCGCCGAUGUGGAGCAUCAAGUCACAGCUGUCAUCCGCGCAGUUGGCUUGGAAGCGUACACUGGCGUCAUGGCGCACACGCUUUCCGGCGGUAAUAAGCGCAAGCUGUCCUUGGCUAUUGCGCUUACGGGCAACCCUUCAGUAAUUCUUCUCGAUGAACCCUCGUCUGGUCUUGAUGCUGCUGCCAAGCGCAUCAUGUGGCGCACGCUCGAGGCUGUGGUCCCUGGCCGAUCGAUUCUGCUCACGACACACAGCAUGGAGGAAGCCGACACUCUAGCGACACGGGCGGGCAUAAUGGCGCGACGCAUGCUGGCGCUCGGCGGCACCGAGCAGCUGUGCCAAAAGUUUGGCGACACUUUGCAUGUGCACAUGGUGAGCAAAACGGCGCCGCACUCGAGUGACGAGGAAAUGCAGCAGAUCCAGGCUUGGGUCAUGGAGACCUUUCCCGGCGCGCGAACUGAGCAGGAGACCUUCCAUGGACAGAUGCGCUUCUCGGUCCCUGCGUCGUCCAUCCAGGUGCCGGGCGGCAGUGACGGAGGCAGCGGCAACGGCAGCGUCAUCGGACAGCUGCUGCUCAUACUAGAGGAAAACAGGGAGAGACUGGGCGUUGCGCAUCAUAGCGUCAGCCCUACGACGCUAAAUGAAGUCUUUCUGACGAUUGUCGGUAAAUAUGACGUGCAGGAGGAGGGCGAGGCGACACCUAAAAAGACGCCGUGGUGGAAGAAGUCGCUGUUUUGA